AUCACCCGAGCGACCAGCUUUUGUCACUUUUCUAUCACGGUGGACGGAGUGUACACUGAGAGAGGGUCCACGGCGGGGACAUUCAAUCUCUUGUCCAGUAGCGUGCUCUUUGUGGGAGGAUCUGACCAUUCCGCAGGACAUCAGGGCGCCAGGCAACAUUCCAACUUCGUUGGAUGCAUAAAAAAGGUGGAAGUGGUUGCCGACAGUCUGAGGUUGGAGGUGAUCGAGCUGGGCAGAACAGGCAAUAAGCUUAUUCAGCAACAAGGGAAUGUACAGUAUUUAUGCCAGGAGGUGGAAGCAGCCGAUCCAAUCACAUUCACGAAUAAGGAAUCUUUUUUGGCUCUACCAAGCUGGGAUGCAGCCCGCACAGGGAGUGUUGCUUUCAAAAUCCGCACAAAUGAGGCCAAUGGUGUUCUCAUGUACAACACGGGAGCCACAGCUCAAGGAGAUUUCUUCGCUUUCGAAUUACUGGAUGGCCACGUAUUCCUGCUUCUUAACCUUGGAUCGGGGGCUGUGAAGGUAAAAGCCACUACCAGAAGAGUAGACGACGGACAAUGGCAUUCCGUAUCUCUUCGGAGAACAGGAAAAUCUGGAAGAGUGACUGUGGAUGAAUCAGCAGUAGAUUUUAUAACACCCGGUAAUUCUAAUCAACUGGACCUCGAAGGACCAUUGUAUAUAGGUGGAGUUGGAACCAGUGCUCAAGGCGUCCUUAUCCCUAGUGAUCUGUGGUCGGGCAGUCUUCGUUAUGGUUACGUCGGUUGUAUGAGGGAUUUGAUCAUAAACGGUCGAGCAGUAGACAUUGCGGGAGUGAGCCAGAAGCAAGAUUCCGGUAGCAUACGGCCCGCUUGUCACACUUCAACACCUCAAUGUGAUAGUCAACCAUGCCUCAACGGAGGAUCGUGUCUUGAAGGCUGGAAUCACUUUACUUGCGAUUGUUCUCAUACAAGUUAUUCGGGCACAGUUUGCGCCAAAGAUGCAACGACUCUCAGUUUUGAUGGCACACAGUAUAUGAAGAUCACUGUUUCAGAAGGACCAACGCAAGCAGAGGACAUACGGCUUCGCUUCAAGACCACUCGACCGAGUGGUCUGUUAUUUGCAACAUCUUCAGAGAAAUCGAACACUCUUCUUUUUGCUGCUCUGGAAGCUGGAAGACUCAAGCUAGUGUUAAACCUUGGCGAUGGGAACAAGGUGUUCUUCGUGGGACAGGGAUUGAACGAUGAUCAGUGGCAUACAUUUCACGUCACUAGACGAGGUCAGAGCAUGGAUGUCAAAGUGGAUUCCGAAGCCACAUCGCGAGAGCUCAGUGGUCAAAAUAUCAAUCUCGAUUUCCAAACGCUACACAUAGGGGCUAUGGAAAACGACCGAUCUCCCGGGUCCUUCACAUCGACUACAUCAAAUAAAGAUGUCCCGAAUUUCGUAGGACACAUGCAACACUUCAUAUUCAACGGACAACAUUACUUUGACAUGGCAAGGAGUGGUCAAAUGACAAAUUUUAAGGUUACUGCAAAAUUUGGCAAGAAGGAUGAAAUCGUGCACCAUCCAGUGACCUUCAAAUCAAAAUUCACCUUCAUUGGUCUGUCACAGCUGAAGGCAUAUUCUUCUAUGAAUUUGUAUUUCCAGUUCAAAACGUUGGAACCCAACGGAUUAAUUCUGUUUAAUGGCGGCAAAGGUCAAGAUUUCAUUGCCAUCGAAUUGGUAGAUGGUCAUCUGCAUUAUAUAUUCAAUCUGGGUGACGGUCCUCGAAAGGUCAGGUCGAAUACCAGAACAACGUUGAACGAUAAUCUGUGGCAUGCGGUCACUAUUG